AGCAUCUAUUACUGUAAUCAAUGAGCAAAAAAGAUCAAUCAAUCAGCACUGUAUUCCUAGAAUUCUUCAUCGGAGCUAAAAAACAUGGAUUAAAAAGACAGACGAAACAGUAAACAAUUACCAAAGGAGAGUACUCUAUUGAUUGUCGAAGGCACCGUAGGCGUUUCAUAUAAACAUGGCUCCGUACAUUGACGCGGUUGUUGUUGCCUUCCUAGUUUUCAUGUUACUCUUGUUUCAGAUAUGUAUACCAUUCUUUGUCAAAAAGAUUUUGAAGAUUGCAUUCCGAGUCAGCAGUAAAGAGUUGGAUCUACAAACCAGUCUUUUGGAUCUUCAGUCAGAAAAAGAUCAAGUUGAUGUGAAAGAGGAGUUUGCAAAAUAUGCCAAAAUUGAACGUAAAAUAAACAAAGUUGUCACAGAACUCAAAGAAGCAAGAAAUGCUCGGCGGUUUGAUAUUUUCAAAGUGAGUUGGAUCUUAAAUUUGGCUGGUAAAUUUUUAUGUGCUGUGGGAUUUGUGAUAAUGAUAUGGAGUUAUCGAACCUCACCUCUUGUAACCUUGAAAGAAGAAUGGCUUUUCCCAUUAGCUGGUAUUCUCGCCUUCCCAACUGGACAAUCUGGCUCCAUUGGCAUCACAUGCUGGGUUCUUAUUUGUAAAAUAGUUAUCGAGAAAAGCAAUGUAAUGAAUAAAUUAAAAACAAUUUCUGGAAAGAGUAAACAAUACUAAAAAAAAUUCUUCCAGGUAAACCUCUUUUUUUUUGUACAGUAUGUUUAAAUUAUUUCAGUCUGGGACUCUGGAUACUAGACUUUGAGUGAAUAUACUAUGUUUGUACCUAUGUUUAUAAUAUCGUUACCAACAGUUAUUGGCUGUUUAGCUAAUAAGGAACAGCUGGUUUUAAAUAUAGUCCGUUAAAAUGCAGCAAGUUAAAAACUGACUUAGUGUUUGAACUGUGUAAUUUAUGGCUUGUUAAUGAAAAGUAGGAUCUAACUGUGCAUUAUGGUAUUUAUACACAGUACACAUAUGUAUAUAUAAGUUAACAAUGGAUAUCUAAUUAUAUAAUGUGCUAAAGUGUUCAUUUUAUGAGAAUAUUUUUGAUACUAUAACCUCUGAGACAUUUAAAAUACUCUGGAAUAAACACCUGCGGUAAAGAAAUAUUAUAUAUUAAGUGUAUCUAUUUUAGGCUUUUGAAAGAACAGUAUGUAUUGUAUUUUGGCUGCUGUAAUUGUGAUUGUAUUGAGGUCUUCUUGGAAAGCAGUGCUUGCAGUGAUUUAGAGUUUAUUCUUGUUAAAAAUGUCAGUAAAUAAAUACAAUUUUAUCAAAAUAAAGCCAAUCAUAGGUUUGGCUAUAGUGCUUCAAGUACUUAAAACCGAGUACAGUAUACAAAAAUAACUGAAACUGACAAAGUUUUGGUUUUAAUUUUUUAUUGCAAUUAAACAUUCCAUUCCAGCUUCUCA